AUGAUGUUCUCCCGUUAUUUCUUUCCCACAGCGUUCGUGGCGCCAGUGGACGACUGUGCAGACAGAGACAAUCAGUGCAUCUUCCUGCUCCGAAGCUUUUACUGUGGCCAAGACCCACUGGUCAACAGGAUCUGCCCUGACUCUUGCGGCCUCUGUGGAAACUCUGGCGUCAAUCCUGGCAACGUGAGCACAGUGACGGACGCACCAGGCUCCACCAACAUCAGCUCCCCCGGCGGUCUGAACGACACCUGCAUGGACUACGACCUCGAGUGCCCCUAUCUGCUGGACUUCUGCAUGAGAAAAGACCUGCUAGUCAACCGACUCUGUCGACAGUCUUGACCUGGUGGCAACGACACUGGAUCUCAAGUGACCGGUCCCCCAGCCGUCCCAGAUGUCUGUAUGGACUUCGAUGACCAGUGUCCAGAGCUUCUGGCUUUCUGCCAGGACGACACAGUUCUUGUGAACAGGCUGUGCAAGAAGUCUUGCAACACCUGCGGAAUUGACACCACGGCCUACGUGAUUCCCGCUGUGUGCGUCGAUCUGGCCGACAACUGCCCAGACAUCGUGGUGAAAAACAGCUGCUUCUCCAACCCCCUGGUCAGCAGGGUGUGUCCAGUUACCUGCGGCCUUUGCAACGAGACCAAAGUGAACACGACGACCGGGGGGCCAGCCACAGGUGUGGUGUGCAAGGACUACGACCCAGAAUGUUCCACGCUGCAGAACGCAUGUGGAGUCCUUGGACUUGUAGAUAACCUCUGCCCUCUCACCUGCGCCGUCUGCAAAGGACCACUGAAGUGCCGUGUGUGCUCCGACCCCUUGUGUGAUGAAUUCGAGGCGGUACACCAGUGUACUAGCGAUGCACCCUACUGUCUGAACACUGUGGUCAACGAUGCUAAUGGAAACAAGCACAUCUCCAAAAG